CGGCGCGAGGGCGGGAGCGGGGCCCGGGAGCGCAGUUGUGCACUCAAUGAGCGAGCAAGGCAGGAUCCUACUGAGCGGCCUUUUCCCCUGCCCAGACCUACGCCAAGAUGGCCACAGUUUCCCCUAGCUUCGACAUCGACUCCCCACGCUGGGACCAGAGCACCUUCGUGGGGCGCCUGAAGCACUUCCUCAACAUCACCGACCCUCGGACAGUGCUGGUGUCAGAGGAGGAGCUGGACCGGGCCAAGGCCCUGGUGGAGAGCUGCAGGGCUGGGCUGGUGCCGCCAGGAAGCAGCCAGGAGCAGCUGCUCUAUGCCAAGAAGCUGUACGACUCAGCCUUCCACCCUGACAGCGGUGAGAAGAUGAACUUCAUUGGCAGGAUGUCCUUCCAGGUGCCGGGGGGCAUGGCCAUCACUGGCUGCAUGCUCCAGUUCUAUCGGACAGUGCCUGCAGUGGUUUUCUGGCAGUGGGUGAACCAGUCCUUCAAUGCCUUUGUCAACUACACCAACCGCAACGCUGCCUCCCCCAUCUCCCUGAGGCAAAUCGGGGUGGCUUAUGUCACGGCCACCAGUGCAGCCCUGGCCACCGCAGUGGGACUCAACCUCUACACCAAGCGAGCGCCCCCCUUACUGGCCCGCUGGGUCCCCUUUGCAGCUGUGGCUGCUGCCAACUGCGUCAAUAUCCCCAUGAUGCGGCAACAGGAGAUCAUCAACGGGAUCACAGUGACAGAUGAGAACAACAACGAGCUCGGCCGCUCCAGGAGGGCAGCAGUGAAGGGCAUCGCGCAGGUUGUGCUCUCCAGGAUCACCAUGGCAGCACCGGGCAUGACGGAUCCAGGUUCUCCAUGGGCCUCUGCAGGUGCUGCUCUGCGGGGGCUUCCUCCUGUUCAUGGUGCCAGCAGCCUGUGCCCUCUUCCCCCAGCGAUGGUACCUCUUCCACUGCUUCCCCCUCCUGCAUGGGAUCUUGGGAGCCUUCCUCCUUCCCUAGUUCCUCUCUGCCCAUCCCAGGAGAAGCAGGAUGGGCACCCACCCUUCAACCCAAAGUAGUGUUUACCUGCACACACUGGUGCCCAGGGCAGCAGGAAAACAUGUGCCUGCCCUGCUCUGUGAGCUCUGUGCUGGGACCAACAGGAUACCUGGCUGCAUGGGCAGCUCUCUGCCUUCCAGCACUGGGAGGGAGGGGUGGUGGGUCUUGCCGAGAGCCUGCAAGAUCUCAGGGACUGCAGAGGCCUCAAAUGGCAAUGGGAAGGGAGGGUGGUUUGACUGGUGGUUGGAGAGGAGGAUCUUGGCUCUCAGUGUGUAUCUCCCUCUCCACAGCUCCCUUGCACUGGCUGACCUUGAGGUGGAGCUGCGUGACAGUAUCAUGGCCAAGCACAGGGACCAAGUGCCGUAUGUCUAUUUUAAC